GUAUACUGAAUUUGCAUCAGGGAAAUUUUAUAUGAUUUUGCCGAAAAGCCUUAGAGGCUCUAAGCGCAGUGGUCAAAGACAUUUGCUUGUUUACCUCAUAGAAGCACAGUGUUUUUGCAUUUUAUCAACUGUGCAACAAUGGACCCACUUAAAUUUAAGAGGAUAGUUCUGUCAUCAUGUACUCACCCUCAUGUUUUUUGAAACUUGACUGACUCUGAAACGUUUAAUUUUUUUCCCAGCCUCGUUCAGAUGUUCUGUAAGAGUUGGCUACUUGUUAGUCUCCUCAUCCUACUUAAUGUUUUAUUGCUGUAUUUCACUGCUACUACCCUCGAAAAAAGAAAGUGGAGAAAGGUGGCGAGAAAACUAGGGAACUACCAUGUUGCUUACCCUCAAAAUUAUAGAUUUAUCAUCGACGAACCAGAGAAAUGUGAACAACAAAAGCCCUUUGUGGUGGUUAUCGUUCCUGUGGCUCCGGAGAACUUCGAGGCACGUAAUGCCAUCAGGAUAACAUGGGGCAGCGAGGAGCUCGUCCGGGACAGAGUGGUGCUGGUUCUGUUUCUUCUGGGCUCGCGAAGUGGAAACGAAACACUGCAGGAGAAACUCCAGAAUGAGAGCCAGCAGUACCAAGACCUUCUGCAGAGCAACUUCCAGGAUUCCUACAGGAAUCUGACCAUCAAAACCAUGGUGAUGAUGGAAUGGCUCAGCAGAAAGUGUCAACAGGCGUCCUACGCGGUGAAAGUGGACGCUGACGUGCUUCUCAAUAUGAACAACCUAAUAAAAAUGCUUGUAAAUCUGAAUAAACUACAACAUAACUACAUUACCGGCCUAGUUAUGUUUGGAAACAGUGUCUUGAGAGAUCCAUCCAACAAGUUUUAUGUCCCUCACGAUGUGUAUCCUAAAUCCAGAUAUCCUCCGUAUCCUCUGGGAAUGUGUUAUAUCUUUUCUAUGGACUUGCCAGAGAAGAUCCUACAAAUAUCAAUGCAUAUCAGACCUAUUUUUAUUGAGGACGCAUAUCUGGGCAUGUGCUUGAAGCAUUUGGGAAUUACCCCUAAGAAACCACCAAAUAUCGGGCAGUUUGUAGUCAGACCACCGCCACAAUUCAAUCGCUGUUACUAUUCUAAACUGAUAGCAAUACUUACAGAAAGCCUGACUCAGCUGAUUUCCUAUUGGAUGGAUAUCCACUCAUCCAGCAAACCUUGCUGAGAAUGCAAAAUAUCUACAUAAAUGUUCAGUUUAAUUCAUUUUACAAAAGUUUGUUUUACCUGAUAGCUGUGUGUGACAAUUGUUUGAUACAUUUGCAUCCUGAAUGAUACA